AGCGUGCGGGUGUAGAAAUCAAUUGCAUCUAUCGACUUUUCCUUUUUUUUUUAGCGGUUAACCUGCAUUAGCCGGUUGCUAGCUGUUGUUACAGAUAGCUAUAAGUGUUAUAUGAAAAUAUUUUAUUUACACCAGCGGCCAAGGGAACUUAAUAGUUUGUCAGAACACAGUAUAUGAGACGCAAUGAACAGUCGUCUUCAAGAGAUACGCGAGAGACAAAAACUUAGGCGGCAGCUGUUAGCUCAACAGCUGGGAGCUGAAAGCGCAGACAGCAUCGGAGCAGUCCUACACAGUAAAGACGAACUAAAAGAGAUCGAGGAGACUAGAGAAACAUGCAGGGCUUCAUAUGACAGCACAGCCCCUUCUUCUAAAAGGAAAGCACAGACUGAAGGAGAGGACACAGAAGAGGAUGUGGAAGAGCAAAAGGAUGAGCUGGAAGUGCAGCAACCAGAUGAAACCAACCCAUAUGAAGAGGUGUACAAGGACUCAAGUACUUUUCUUAAGGGUACCCAGUCAUUGAAUCCUCACAAUGACUACUGCCAGCAUUUUGUGGACACUGGGCAUAGGCCACAGAACUUCAUCAGAGAUGUUGGCUUGGCCGACCGAUUUGAAGAAUACCCUAAACUUCGAGAGUUGAUCAGACUGAAGGACGAACUCAUCGCCACUACCAACACCCCUCCCAUGUACCUCCAGGCAGACCCAGAGCACUUUGACCUGAAGGAUUUGAAGUGCAAAUUUGAUGUGAUUUUGCUUGAACCUCCUCUAGAGGAAUACUACAGAGAAUCAGGCAUAAGCCACACUGAACGCUUCUGGACCUGGGAUGAUCUCAUGAGACUGGAGAUAGAAGAGAUAUCUGCUCUACGUUCCUUUGUCUUUCUCUGGUGUGGCUCUGGGGAAGGACUGGACCUGGGCAGGAUGUGUUUGAGGAAGUGGGGCUUUAGGAGGUGUGAGGAUAUCUGCUGGAUUAAGACCAACAAGAAUAACCCAGGAAAAACCAAGGCACUGGAUCCAAAAGCAGUAUUCCAAAGGACCAAGGAACAUUGCCUAAUGGGAAUCAAAGGAACAGUGCGUAGGAGUUCUGAUGGAGACUUCAUCCAUGCCAAUGUAGACAUUGACUUGAUCAUCACUGAAGAGCCUGAGAUGGGAAAUGUAGAGAAGCCUGUGGAGAUCUUCCACAUCAUUGAGCACUUCUGUUUGGGCCGCAGAAGGUUGCACCUGUUUGGAAGAGACUCUACCAUCAGACCAGGCUGGCUGACAGUGGGUCCUACUUUGACAAACACCAACUUUAACCCAGAAACCUACGCUGCACAUUUUGGUUUACCUAACUGCCAUCUGUCUGGCUGCACUGAAGAAAUAGAGAGGCUCCGGCCCAAGUCUCCCCCUGUUAAACUUAAGUCGGACCGUGGUGGCGGACCACCCAGAGGGGGGCGUGGUGGGCCAAAUGCUGGAAGAGGGGGAGACAGAGGUCGAGAAAGAAACCGACCAAAUUUCCGUGGAGACAGGGGAGGGUUCAGGGGUAGGGGAGGGCCGCAUAGAGGCUUUCCACCUCGGUAGAGUAAAGAACUAAUGCCAUCCACACUAUAGUGGGAACUUCCAUUUGUUUUGUCUGAAGAUUUAUCCGUAACUCAUUUUUGUAUGUAAAUGAUUUAGAUGGAAAAAGUUGAGAAGUUUGCCAGUGUGGUUACUUUUUUAAUCAUUUUGAUUUCUUUAUAUUUUUCAUGGAUAUACGUUAGAUUGAAUAGGAGUUUCCUGAAUAAAAUAGAUUU